AAAAAAGGAGAAACUUGAAAAUGAAAGAAAAUUAACAAUAAAUAUAAAACAAACAGCAAGAGCUUCUAUUGCUUUUCUAAAAAAAGAGUAGUGAAAAUGAGUGUGGGACCCUUGUAGGAUAUGACUGGAAAAUUAAUUUCAGGAAACAGGGAAAUGGCAGAUAAUUUAAACCAAUAUUUUGCAUCAGCCUUCAUGCUGGGAAACAAUAUAAACACCCCAAAGAAGAUAUAAAUGGGAGAAAAGAUCUUAUAACAAUUUCUAUCAUGCAGGACAAAGUAUUUGACAAACUAAUGGGACUGAAGACAAGUUGCCAGGACUUGAUGGCCUGCAUCAAGGGAUUUAAAGGAAGUGGAUUUAAAGGAAGGAAUUUAAAGAGAUAGUGGAGCACCUGCCUGAAUCAAAUCAAAGCCAGCUAGAGGCCACCCAGCGCAGGAAUGCUUUGGUAAUGCAAAUCAUCAAAGAAUCAGCAGACAGUGAGAAGAAUGUAGCUCGGGAGAUGGAUUGGAACAAACCUUCCAGGUCAGAUUCCUGAAUUAAAGAAAGUUCUUGGAGAUGGACACAGGAUUCCUAAGAUGGUUUGAAUGAUUGAUGAUCAGACCUUGGGGAAAUAAAGGAGUCAUGGAGCCUGAAAUUACAACCGAUUCCUUCACCAGCCUAAGGCAAACCCUGCCCAUGUACUGUAAACAAAACGAGAAACUCUUUCACGUCAAAACUAAUCUUUUAGCACAAAGGAAAGUCCAUCAUCGGACAUAUUUGUUGUUGUUUGUAUCUGCCAUUAUGAUCUGUCUCCUCAUCAUACAAGCACUGCCAUGUAUCACUAUGAAGAGGAAACAACAAAGAGAGAAAACUGCUCACAAGGGGGUCCAUUUUGCCCCAUCUCGAUCCACGUACACCACUUCUGGUUUGAACAAAUCUGUUUGGUUUUCAGCAUUUUCCCAUUUUCAUGCCAGGGGCAGUGACCAUCUCUUUGCCAGGACCCAAACAUUAGUCAAGGGACAAUCGACAACUCUUUCAGUCCUCUCACUCCCCCGUCUCUCGCUGUCUUCUGUGUUACCCAUGGAGCUGAUUGCUGCCACUGAGUACCUUUUCCCUCAAACAGAGGCCGAGCCUAAAGAUAAAUCAUUUUCUAGCUUAAAUAGCCAGGGAGACAGUGCACAGUGCUCCUUCAUGGUGCCUUCAGCUUCCUGGUCUAUUGUGGAGCCCCAGUUGAAGUCUCCAGCUUCAGUCUCACCCAAUGUCCAAUCCUCGAUUCCUCCGUCCAGCUUGAACUUCAGCCAUGAUUGCCAAAUUGACCAGAGGCUGAAGUCUCCCUGUGUCUCCACAGAAAGAAGACUGUCUAGAGAAUCUAACACAGACUGUAGUGGAUAUCCAGAGAAGGAUAGUGUUUCUCAUUGUCUCGUAAGCCCUCACACACCCAGGUCUGAAAUGGAGCCCACAUCGAAUCCAGGCUCUUCAUCUGUGUCUGAUUCUAACUUAUUGUGUACAUGCCUUGAAAACUCUACCAUUGAAGAAAAAAAACCUCUGCCAUCACCUCACCAUUUAGCCCAGGGACUCGGAAUGUGGUCCCCAGGCAUUAGGGAAAGCCAACCUUUCCACCAGACCUCAAAUUUCUGGAGUUGUCUGCAGGACAAAUCACCAAAACCAAACUCAAGCCUGAAAGGCUUAACUAGUCAGAAUGGUGAGGUUCGACUCACAACGCUUAAGACAAAAGUUGCCAUUGCUUCAACUGGUCAGCCAAAGAGGUCAACUAGAGCUUACUCUGCAGGUUUGAGGUUAACAACAAGAACAAGUGAGCAGAAUAGACUGCAUCCCAAAGCAAUGGAUGAUGAUGACUCCUGCACUAUUUCACACCUCACUAGCCUGGUGAGACCAGAAGUCAAUGUAAGCAAAGAUUAUUGUGUAAAUCAGACCCCAAGCCUAACAUCAGUUCCUAGACACUGUCAAAAUCCACGACUGCUUUCGGCACCAUCUCCACCUAUGUCAAACUUAGAAUGGAAAUCAGAACCAUCUUUUGCAACUCCAAACCACAUGAGAUCAACAAAGUGUGACGACUUUGUCGAGAUACCACUUGAUGAAAUAUUCCCUCCCAAUUCAAAAACAUUUCCUGAAAGGAAGGCAUGGUCAGGAAUCUCAGAACAACUAUUGGAACUCUGGACCAAGAUUCUUCCAUCAAUCUUUGAUUGUUUUCAUAUCCCAGUGAUGGACAAACUCCGAGCUCCUGUUGAGAAGAACCUGACAACAGUCUCCAAUAACACUCUGAAUGUUAGAGUUGAAUCAGAAGCACCAGGCUCGGGGACUGGCUUGGAUGCUGGACACGUUUGGGGGAAGAUUUUGAAGGUUUCUAGAUCCAACCAUGAACCAUUACCAUGGGGGAAAGCCGUUGCUGAUCUACUCUUCCAAGAAAUUUUUAAACCAACUGAGAUUCUUAAAGGUGACCAGUCCAUUUCUACCAGAGGAACAGAGUGGGAUGGACAGCUACCAGCUAGGAAGACAUCAAUGACCUGUAAAGACCAAGACCGUGCAAAAGAAACAAUUCCUGUCAACAAGGAAAUGUUAAUGUCCAUUCCUGGACAAUCUAACAGACCACAGCAAUUUAUUCAAACCUUUCGUAGUCAAUCCUCCCCUCCCUGGGCAGUAACCCAAUCCAGCUUGAAAUGAGACCCCUUCCAUUGGUCCCUUCACCUUAUCCGUCUGAGUUUCAACUUCAAGAUCAGAGCUCCAGCAUGAAGCAUGAAGAGGAACUGCAAUUAAACUAGUUAAAAUAUAGUUAACUUUGGUAGAUUUUCCCACUUCCUCCAUCACUGUAAAACAACCCAAUUCAUUGGAAAUUGCAGAAGAAUAAUAAACAAUAUUCUUUCA